AGUAGCUUGUUUAGCAAAAAGACAAUUCUGAUUCCAACAAGCAAAGAAUUCACAACAACUUUUGAUACAAGUACAAGUACAAUUAGUGAUAUUUUAAAGAGCAAGCCAUUUAAGACAUUACUUG